AUGAGUUCAUUGAAUAAGUUGGCUAUCGAUCAAUUGAAUCUCGCAGGGAAACGAGUUUUGAUCCGUGUCGACUUCAAUGUCCCACUGAAAGAGGGCAAAAUCACCAACAACCAACGUAUCGCUGCUGCUGUGCCAACUAUUGAGCACGCCUUGAAAAAUGGAGCGAAAUCUGUGGUUCUGAUGUCCCAUUUGGGACGCCCGGAUGGAAGACGUCAAGACAAGUACACUUUGAAGCCAGUCGCUGAAGAGCUCAAGUCCCUCUUGAAAAAGGAUGUUCUCUUCCUUGACGAUUGUGUAGGAUCGGAAGUGGAAGCUGCUUGCGCCGACCCAGCUCCAGGAACUGUGAUCCUCCUCGAGAAUCUUCGUUAUCAUUUGGAGGAGGAAGGAAAAGGAGUUGAUGCUUCUGGAUCCAAGGUCAAGGCAGAUGCUGCUGCUGUCAAGACCUUCCGCGAGUCGCUGACAAAGUUGGGAGAUGUUUACGUCAACGACGCUUUUGGAACAGCUCACCGAGCACACAGCUCAAUGGUUGGUGUUGAACAUGCUCAACGUGCUAGUGGAUUCCUCUUGAAGAACGAACUUUCUUAUUUCAGCAAGGCGCUCGACAAUCCAGCUCGCCCAUUCCUUGCCAUUCUUGGUGGAGCUAAGGUCGCUGACAAGAUUCAGUUGAUUAAGAACUUGCUCGAUAAGGUCGAUGAGAUGAUCAUUGGCGGAGGAAUGGCAUACACAUUCCUGAAAGUAGCCCAGGGUGUCAAAAUUGGAAACUCUUUGUAUGAUGAGGAAGGAGCCAAAAUCGUGAAUGAACUCCUGGAAGCUGCUAAAGCUAAAAACGUCCAAAUUCAUCUUCCAGUCGAUUUCGUUGUUGCUGACAAGUUUGCUGAAGACGCUUCGGCUAAUGUUGCCACAGCCCAAGAAGGUGUUCCGGAUGGUCACAUGGGACUUGAUGUCGGACCAGAAUCAUCUAAGAUCUUCGCAGCUGCUAUCCAACGCGCCAAGACUAUUGUCUGGAACGGACCAGCUGGAGUUUUCGAGUUUGACAAAUUUGCUACUGGUACCAAGUCCUUGAUGGAUGAAGUUGUCAAAGCAACAAGCUCGGGAGCCAUCACUAUCAUCGGCGGAGGCGAUACCGCUACUGCUGCGAAGAAAUAUAACACCGAAGAUAAGGUCUCCCAUGUUUCGACCGGAGGAGGUGCCAGUUUGGAGCUUCUCGAAGGAAAAGUUCUCCCAGGAGUUGAUGCACUUUCCCCAGCUUAA